AGUAAUGAACAGGCGCCUAAAUACCGGCCAACGUUACCUCAUGUAGAUGUAGCGUUAGUUUUCUGUACAUUUUAAGUAUGGAGGCCGAUGAAUAUAAUGGAAAAACUGUACUUGUUAUUAACCAUACACACAUGGUUAGCUGUUUCGCUGGAGAUGAAUUAAACUUGGAUGCAGGAGUUAAAUUUGUAAACACAAAAAUGAUAUUUCAGAAGUCAAUUUGGAGCAACCUUGUUGAAGCCGUUAUACAGUACUGUCGUGUUGUAUUUGAUAUAUUUUCUACCGAAAAACCUAUAUCUAUAGUAACCUUUGAUGAUGAGGAAAAGAUUCACUCUAUAUGGCUAAACGAGGAUCAAAAUUUGGAUACAGUAUGGAACAUAUUUUCUCAGGAAGGUCCACCGAAGAUCUCCUCACUCAAUUUUCUUGAACGUGGUUCACUUCCAGGUUUGUCUUCAGCCUGUCAUCUCUUGCAAAUGCUAACGCCACGUCAGAAGGAAAUUAAUUCUGGUAAGAACAAAGGAAGAGUAGUUGUCUUAAGCAUGUCUAUGAGUAAUAAAGUUUCGUCUUGGAUUCCGGAUAUUUUAUCGUCUUUAGAGAAGCCCAUCGACACACCCGAUCAUACGGAUGUUACUUCAAGUGAAUGGGUUUUUGUUGACCUGUUUCCAGCUUCUGAAUUUUCAGCGGAUCUAAAUGAACUAUACCCUAAGCAAUUAGAGCUACCUAAUAGCAUAGAUCCGAAUGUCCAACAUCGUUUUUUCUAUCAUAAACUUCUAGCUACCAGCCAAGAGUUGUAUCAGGGUUUAAUGCGUCUUGCGGAAUGUCAUUACAAUCUUUCAAGUACACUUGUUCAAGAUAUUCCCAUGAAGGAGGAAGCCAAUGUUAAUUCUGGUAGUUCAAUGUAUGGUGUCGAAAUUCUACAUCGAGCUGAGGUACACGACAUGUUAAAACGACGGGGUAUUUAUGAGCAAUUAUUAGUACGUACAGAUAAUGAAAACAAUAAGUCCAUAUCACGACCACACUCUGGAUUUUCGAAAACUUUGGGCAUAAAAUGGGUUACGCCGAAGACCUCGGAUGCUAAUUUUCUGCGCUUUGCUGUCGCAACAUACCGAGUAACUUUAGCAGAUGUUUGCCAUAGAGCAUCUACUUGCUUGGCUCAAUUUGUUUUAGGAGGUCGAUCUGUUGCGUUGGCUCAUCGUCUACAGUGUUCAUUCCCAGCGUUACCUAAUGAUUCUAACUUCUUAACAUCUUGUUCAACGGAUGAAGCUCUUCUACUCACUUGUCAUGGAUCCGUAAUGUAUAUACAUGUUUUAGCAACAAUUUUCCCAAUGACUCAUCCACAGAAUAUUCCUUUAACUUCUAAUCCUAAUGUGGCCUCGGGAGAUUAUCGUAUACAAGCCUUCAUUGACCAAAUCUUACGCCCUUCUCGUCUGGCUCCGGCAUCAGCAAGAUUAAAUUAUUCAGUGUUUCCCAAAGAACGAGCCCAACAACAUAUUGAACGUCAAACACGGUAUUGGCCACUUAUGGAAUCUCAAACAUUACUGGACAAAACUAAGCUAGCUGCUCCAAUAUUCGAAAAUUUACCAAAAGAAUACCUUGAACCUAAUGAAAUAUCUGCCUGUGAAGAAUCUAUGGUGAAUAUUGUAAACUCUAUUAAACAGUAUGUUUGCCUGUCCGAUUCUAGAAAGAACUCUUCCAAACGAGGAUCAUCAUCUGGAACUUUGCCUGUUGCGCCUGUACUUCAAGCAGAAGCAAUUGUAAUGGCAACUGAAUUCGAUUAUAUUAUUUCCUUAUAUAGUGAUAUAUCAACUGAACAUGAACAAAUUCGGAAUUAUUGGAUACAAACUAUAAGUUCAACAAAAACUAAUGACACAUUAAAUGGACUAAAUCGUUUAUCAAAUGAAAAAGACUUUAAUUCAUUAAAUCUUACAGAAAUGAUUCGUCUAGCUAAAACAAUAGCAUAUGAUCAAACGAAUAUUGUUAAUACUACAAUUCCUUUAGCACUUAUAAAAAUUAUGAAAAGUUUAACAGUUCUAUGUGAACGUCUUCAUAGACAUACAGAUUCUCAUGAUUCCAAAUGUAUCACUACGCAAGUAAAUCAGAAAUCUACAUGUAAUCCAGUGCAAUUACCCAAGAUAAUGGCAAUAGUUGAACCUGCUGAUCGAACAAAUUUCAUUGACCGUUUAAAAUCUGCAAAACGUCGACGUGUACAAACGCAAAAAUUAGAUUUUGUUGGUGUGCUUACUGCAGAUUCUAAAGGUUUGUGUCAGUUGUAUAAAGGUUUAAAAGAUAAAGAAAAAUCCAAUGCUUAUUUGUUUUCUGUUUGCUUCAUUAUAACAAGCAACAUAUUUUCAGAUUAUGCUUUUUGUUUGGAUAAAAAAAGCUUUCUUUCAUCCUGUCCAAUAGCCGGACACGAGUGACUGAUAAAUCAUGUUGUUCUAUGCUAGGAGCUCAUGAAAUUGCUUGUGUGUAUCAAGAAGACAGAGAGUUAGAAACAGAGCAGAAAAAGUUAAGACUUGUUGUAGAUUAUUCAGGGUUUAGGCUUCUGAUUAUGAGUUGAUAUUUUCAAGAAACCCAAGCUUUCUCCCAAGAGAUAGUAGUGAAACAGAUCCAGUAAAAAGCCGCGCUGAAGGUCAAACACUCUUAUACGUUAUGUUGAUUCAUGUGGAUGAUUAAUUUUGCUCGGAUAACAAGCAACAAAGAAUACGAUUACAUCAACAAGUUCUUCACGCUGACAAUUAUUAUCUAUUGAUGAGACUUUCCAGUGAAAUAUAUUAAGUUUUAUGGAUCAUGCUUUAAAACAUAGUUUGUAAAACUAAGACUUCAAAUUAAAUUUAAGAAUAUUACUUAUACGAUAUGUUUCUAAAGGGUUGUCUCGACUAUUAGUUUUGUAUUAAAUAGGUGUUCUUCAACUGAAGUAUAAAUCAAAAAGAUCAUUAUUUGUGCAAGUCAGUUUGAUCUGUAAAUGAAAUAUAUGUUGGGCAAAUUAUUAAAUUGGUUUCGCUUUAGAUCACCAUUGAUAUUUGUCUACAUAAUAUUAGAUUUUUAAGUACUUCAUAUUUCAAAAAGAGCUAAUGAAUUAUUUGAAGUUAGUAACUCAAACAUCGAAGUUUACAUAAUUGAAAUCUAUACAGGAAUCACAUAGCAGCAGAAACUUGAUUAACGAUCAGUGUUUAACUACAUAAACUGAUAAAACAAAACUAAUAUUUCAUAACCUGACCGUUGUUGCUACCUUGACGUGGUGGUCGGGCUUGCCUAUCGUGAUGAAGCAACUGAGCUAUACUGGCUGGAACAACCGUUCCUCAAGGUCCUACCAUGCCAGACAGGUCGGUUGAAAAGCGGUAAGACUAAAAGCAACAAAACCAAGAUCCGAAGGCGAAGUCGUACUGCCGACUGUACAGAGGUGUGACAGCAGUAAGCUGUUUCCUCCAGACAGCCAGCAUAACAGCGAUGCUGCCUUCCCAAAAGGAGGGGAGGGGUUAGAAUAGGUCGACCCUAAAAAUGCACACCUCGCCUUAUCCCACGGAUAUCCGUCUCCGGCGGUAAGGUCUCAACAAGUACGGAGCUAACACAAAAAUUACUCAUAAAAAGGUCGUGUGUGACCGACCUCAAGCAGCUGUCCCUUGGGCACUGCGGUCACGCUCUCAGGUCACUAUGACCACCUCUAAUCCAAUUUCCUUUUCAGGUACCUCCAGCAGAACCCUUCCACGGUGUGGGCAACCGGGAAGUGAUAACCGCCCUCAUACCUCUAACAGCACUCAAGACCACUGUAUUCAUAAUCAACCUCCUUCUUCAAUUCCUAUUAUUCCUCUUACAUCGACUUUCAAAUCUAAACUCCCUCUUUCGGCUUCCUCCUCAAGUGUCACCACAGCCAACGAUCCUAGUGCGCGAAACACUGUCCCAGAUCUACUGAAACCUCGCUUCAAAUUACACAUUGGAGCCUUCAACGUACGCACACUAUGCCAAAUCGGUCAGCAGGCUUCCUUGGCUAAAACCUUAGAAUCUCGUACGAUUGAUGUAUGCUG